AAAUGCAACUUCUGAAGUUGCUGAAAAGACAAAUUCAAUGAAGAAAACAAAGAAAUUGGCCGAAAAGCUUCUGGCAAAGAAAAAAGACUCGCCAGAUACAUUAAAGGAAACACUGAAAAACUCCAGUAAUUUGAAAGAUUUGCAAGAAACAUUACUGAAAAUACGGGAACAAAAGAAAAAACAACAAGAAAAAGAAAAGGCGAAAAAAAUUCAGAAGAAAAAGGAAAAGGAGCCGCAGAAAGAAGUUGUCAUUUCACAAAAGCGUGAAUUCGCGUAUGAAACAUUACACAGCCUUGCUCAAGAAGUUCCCAAAGGAUUGCCUUUGCCUUUCAAAUAUAAGAUUCUCGCUGAAAUGUUCAGAUGUGCCGAUACAGUAGUGGGGAUGUUGUUCAAUCGUCAGCAAGUCACUACGUGGGCAACAUUGCAGAAGUCGGUCAAGGACAUGAUUAGAAAGAAUUUUGAGCUGGAAAAUCUUAGCCAGAUAAAAUCAGUGUUCCCAUCCGCAUAUGAGUAUCGUCAGGAGAAGGGGAUCAUGAGCUACAACGACCACAUCAAACCGUCUGAUUAUCAGCUGACCCUUGAACCUAUAUUAGAUGAAAGAGAAUGUGAUCAGUACGGAACUGAUUCACGUAAGCUAACCAGUGGGAUGAUGGUGAAACGACGACAUCACUUUCUGGUUCAACUUGUCAACAUUGUGAAAGAUCAUCAUAAGAAAUUUUUAUCAACUCUUGAUCCACCGAUAGAAGUUGAAAGCGACAAGAUAUUGCGUUGGCAUCCACAAUUUCCGCUUGACCGAGUCCCUGAUGUGAGCCAAUCAGAUCUUCCGAAACCACCAGACAAUGAGAAGGAAAGGUGCCACAGUGCAAAAGAUGUUUUGGAGAAAGCAAGGAGUAAAUUCACUAAAAAGGCUGUCGACGCUCUCAAAAAAGUUGCAGAAAAAGCAUCUUUAACGCCAGAGAAAUCUCGCCACAAUGCUGUGAUCAUAGAAGAAAACAACAACAUAACGCCAAAGAAACCUCAAACUCCAGUGAAAUCUGCACCCGCUUUGAAAGGAGUCUCAUCAUCAUUGUUAGCAAAGAUUCGAGCGAAGGAAGCUGAAAAGAAGUUGAAAUCUAUGGUACGAUCGGACAAUGAUUCCAGAAAGCUUCAACAACUGAUCAAGUUGCCUGAUGUUGCAAGAGCUCUGAGAAUGUUAUUUGUGACAGAAAAAAAGGCAGCUUUACCAUUGGAAUACAUCGCUGAUAAGCUUGUUAAAUGUUGCACUGGGAUUCUGACACCAGCUGUUGUGCAAGAGCAUGUCGUAUUGUUAAUUGAACAUCAACCAACAUGGAUAUCUCGAACGACUGUUCGGAAUAUUUGCUAUGUGAGGAUGGAUAAGGGAAGAGAAAUGUCUGAUAUUAUCACUGAUUUACAAAACAAAGUAAAAGAAGCUGAACGAGCUUGAUUCCGCAGAAUAUUUACAAUGGUAAUAUUAUGUGAAUAAUUCUGCCUGAUUUUAUCAAAAGUGAAGAAUUGUGUUAAAUGAGACUGGCAGAACUUUAGUAAUGAUGUGCUUAUGUGUUUCAUUCUGCCAGUGUUUUUAUCAGUUUAAUUAUGUGGACUGUACUUGUCAGUUGUUUUUAUCAAUAUCAUACUAUUAUGACAUUUGGUUUGUGAAAAAAUAGAUGGGCUAUUUAAAGUUUUCUGUGGCUACUUUUGAGUGAGUGGAAGUGACAUUGCUACUUCUGAGUGAGUGUCCAUAACUUUGCUCAUCGAUGGCUCUCUCUAUUACUUUUGAGUGAGUGCCCAUAACUCUGCUUUCUACAAAUCCUCUCCAAAAAUAAAUUUUAUCUCAAUAGAACAAUAAGUUUUAUUAUAUUUCCACCUAAAAAAGACUUGUAUGAGGCCCAUUCCUAGACCAAAUAAUAAUGACUGAUUCGCCUGUUGAAAUAACUAUGACCAUCUGUGUGCUAUUUAUAGGCUAGGAUAAAUUCAAUACUUCUGACAUUAGGAUUUGGGUGGUAUCUAAUUUGGUAUGUGGAACCAUGCAUACCAAUCUUUUUUUUAUCCCACUGUAGUAGCAUUUAUUCUGAGCAUACUGCCACUCAUAGCGUAGUGUUGGUAUUUGUAUUACAAAAAUCUAGCGAAUCUGUCAAAAGGGCAAUUUUGCAAUAAAUGCUCGAUCUUUCAUACUAAACUGCCAACUCACGUCAAUAUGCCUUUUUGUGCCUACAAGACCUUAAUAUGCAGUCCUGUUAGUUUUCAAUAUCCUUUUCUGAUCUCACUUCAUCCACCAUCCUUAAACUUGAUGAGUCCAGAUGUUACUGUAUUUUUAUCAUACGAGAGCUAACAAAACUGCUCAGGUGCACGUAUAGUUUAUGGCAGAGCAUUACAGCAUAGAGACCAUUUUUAUUAGAAAACUCACUGGUAAUUCAUUUCGUCUUUUUGCUGCUGCUAUUUGUGGGUUCGUAUGAUUCUAAUUUACUUUCCAUUUUCGCCAAUUCUUUUAUUUCAUUUUUUUCGAUGUCGUGCUAUGUUGUUUUUCAAACCAUGGGAAUAAAACUGUGAAACAAGGUUAGA